CCGGCUCCCAGCCGGUCGAGUUGUACGUUCGCUGUCUCCGCGCUCGCCUCGCAUACGCCUCGCGCCUCCGCUACGCUCCGCUCGGCCCCGCUCGGCUUCGCUCGGCGCCGCCUGUCCUGUGCGCCAUCUCUCAUGUGAGGGCCGCUCCUCCCCGCGAGUAUCCUGCGCGUCGUCCUGGAGGUGCUGCAGGAGUAGGCCGACGAGACCCUCAGCCAGCCGCGACACUCAAGCGUACCCCAAGCCCACACGCACGCACACACACUCGCGCGCGCGGGAGCGCGACUCUGCGUCAGCAUGGUGGAGACGGAGUACAUGGACCCGGACUCGGGCUACUUCUCCACGAGCAUAGGCCUCGGGACGGACUGCAUCCUGCUGGACCUGUCGAUGGACAUGGAUCCUGGAAUGGGCUACCUAGGACUGCGCUCUCCUGGCUCCGACCACGGCAACGCCCUCGACUACACCAAGGAUGAGGACACGAUGACGCCGUGGUCCCCGACUCCUGGCUGCUCGCCGUACCACGGCCCGUUCGAGGACCCCGCGGGGCCCAUGGCCCAGCACAAGGCCCUGGGGCCCUCGCCCUACGUGUCCAUGGUACUACCCUUGGGAUGCCCGGGCAGCCCAGAUGCAGACGGCGACAUCACCAUGGGCCCGGGCCCGACCGGGGGCGGCCCCGCCAGCAGCGUCCAGGCCACGCUCCAGGCGUCGCUGGGGGCGGCGGGGGCGGGCGGCGCUGGCGCCGUGCUGAACCAGCACUGCUCCAUCUGCGGGGACCGGGCCACGGGCAAGCACUAUGGCGCCGCCUCCUGCGACGGCUGCAAGGGCUUCUUCCGGCGCUCUGUGCGCAAGAACCACGUGUACACGUGCAGGCCAACGAUUGCGACCUGAGCAACAAGCAGGUGGCCAACAUUAACGACGUGUGCGAUUCGAUGAAGCAGCAGUUGCUGUUCCUCGUAGAGUGGGCCAAGUUCAUCCCGGCCUUCACCGAGCUGUCGCUGGACGACCAGGUGGCACUGCUGCGCGCGCACGCGGGAGAGCACCUGCUGCUGGGGCUGGCGCGCCGCUCGCUGCACCUCAACGACGUCCUGCUGCUCGGCAACAACUGCAUCGUGCCGCGCUACUCGGCCGACUCGUCCGUGCCGCCGGACCUCGACAUCUCCCGGGUGGGCACCCGGGUCAUGGACGAGCUGGUGCGGCCGCUCCGGGAGGUGCAGAUCGACGACUCGGAGUUCGCCUGCCUCAAGGCCAUCGUCUUCUUCGACCCCAAUGCCGCCGGCCUGAACGAGCCCCAGCGGGUCAAGUCGCUGCGCUACCAGGUCCAGAUGAACCUGGAGGACUACAUCAGUGAUCGGCAGUACGACCCCCGGGGCCGCUUCGGCGAACUCCUCCUCACCUUGCCCGCGCUGCAGAGCAUCACCUGGCAGAUGAUCGAGCAGAUCCAGUUCGCCAAGCUGUUCGGCGUCGCCAAGAUUGACUCCCUGCUGCAGGAGAUGUUGCUGGGAGUGGCUGUCUACGUUGUCGCAGGCGCCUCCGCGGAGAACAUGGCCAGCACGUCGGGGGCGGCCGCGGCCCAGGCUGCCGCUGCGCAGGCUGCCACGGCCUCGGUGGCCUCGGUGGCCUCGACGCACGCCUCGGCCUCGACCAACGGCUCUCCGGCCUCUGCCCACGGGUCCGCCGGCCACCACCACUACCCCAGCUCCAGCUCACCGUGCCCCGGCAGCCCGUCCAGCCCCGGCCUCAGCCCGGCGGCCGCGGCCUCCUCCAACGGCCACCGCUCCAACGGUUCGCCUUCCGGGCUCCACCACGAGCUGCCUGGCCACGGCCACCACAUGGAGGCUGACUCGUACCGCAUCGCCUUCAAGCAGGAACCCGAGACCAGCUUCUGAUCGCGUUCGCACCACAAUGCGCGCACAAAGAUCCAGGCGAGAAAUGAUAUGGCCCAAACCCCGUGGUUGCUGCAUCAAAUCGAUGUGUAUUCCAGCAGUUGUAAACCGAAUCGAUGUCCUCUCGCCCCGUCAUUUUUAACUGGUUCAAAAAACUUGUUAUUUUCUGUAAUCUAGUGCGUCUUGUCCUGCGAGUCUAUUUUUAUGUUUUUAAUCGAAUGGUUAGAAGGAAAGAACUUUUGCCUCCUGGAUUUUUUUAAAUGGAUAGAGGAAUGGCAUACUUUCAACUGGACCUCUUUCAAAAUGAUCAACGAGCGUUCCAAAUUAACUGCACAGUCUGUUUACAAUUCAAUGUAUUUUUUUGCAAAUUAUUUUAAUAAUGGACAAUUGAAAUGAUUUUUGGCAGCAUUGUGUUCAUGUUGUUAAAAAUAAUAUUUGUCGAUAAAUCAGCAAUGUCUUUUUAAAUAUUUAUAAAAUGUUGCUUUUUAUGGUUUUUAUGUCCUAUGCUGAGCCGGUCUCAUUAUAUUUUUGUUUGUAAAUAAACCACAUUUGUGGUUGUUCAGUCAAAGCUGUGCAUGAUGUAAAUGUAUGCAUCCCCGACAAAGCAAUCUUCCUAACAAGUAUUACCUUGUCCCUUUUACUUGGGCUCAGAACGAUAAUGAUGUAAGUGUGCCAAAAAGACUCCUUGGUGAUGUGAGUAUGAAAUCGCUCUCUUGAUGAGUCAAAUGCAUUUAUUUGCUGGGGUCUUAUUGACUUGCAUAGUGCAGCCAAUAUUUCUUAAUAUUUGCUCAAAAUAUUUCUCUGUGCAGGGUAUAUUUCUUGCUCAACUACUAUUACUAAUGCAAGUGUCAGUAAAAAUGUGUACACUAUUAUUAUGGUGAGGGCUCAUUGCAUGGAGAUGAAUUACAUUCAUAUGUGCAUCAGGAAGAGCAAUGAUGCAGCUCCUCUAUAAAAUAGAGAUGCAUUUAAGAAGGCCUUUCAAAGAAAGUGUUACAGGGUAUUUCUGAUACAUUCCAAAGAAGCAUUGCCAUACGUUAUUGUUUUUCUUUAUUGUCUCAAACAAAUUAAGAUUAUAUCAAUCUUUGAUUUUUGCUCAUUGUACUUUAAGUCCCAUUUUUGUUGGAUGUUUUUAUUCCGAGUGUCAUUGUAUGCUACGUUUGUGUUGUUAGUGUCUAAGUCUUAUGUAAUUACGCGUCAGCAAUUGGCGUAUCAAAGUAUCCAAGUAAAUAAACUAGGUGUGUUUAUAAAA